AUGGACUCGCAGAUGGAAGCUUCAAUCCAAGAAUCUCAACAAGAUGACAGAAUAAUACGUUUGCAAAAUUUAAUAGAGCAAAAUAUUGAAAUCGAGCAACACAUUGAAAGUAACACAUUCAGUGAAUCAAUUACUGCAAUUGAAAAUAUAAUUUCCCAAGCCGAGGAUUUGGUAAGAGGUCAUGAAAAACGUAGUGCAAACUGUUCGGAACUUCUCCUGGACACGGAACUCUUGCGACGCAAUCAUGAAGUAGUUGGGAAAUCAUUUCAAAAUAAUUCAAAUUUCUCAGACGUUAUGUUUUGCAAUGCAAUUAAUAAUUUAGUAUUCAAUGAGGUGGAAGAUUGGAAUGCCAUAUGCAGCCUGGCUAUUCAGGUUGGAAAUCCUAUAUAUACCAAUGAUAGUAUGCUGCCUUUUAUUGACGUUAAGCCGAAACAGAUGGAAUCAAAGCAGCGAGCUCAACGAAAGACCAAAACGAUUACGGCAGAGAAGCGUCCUAAAACAAGUGAUAAGCUGGAACGCAAAGAUGAAGGGUCAGCAGCAGUUUCACAUACUUUGAAACAGAUCCGUCGAAUAUAUCGCAGCGGCAACAAUCAGCCUAUACCCUAUUAUAAAUUAAUAUGCAAUCCAAGUAACUUCAUGGAAACCGUUCAAAAUGUCUUGCAAGUGUCAUUCCUAAUCAAGGAAAACAUGAUAGCGCUCUCAAAUGACGACGAUGGAUAUCCCCAAGUACAUGUUGUCGCCAAUGAAAGGAGCGAACUUCUUCAAACUGAAGCCCAGCAGGCGAUCUGUCAAUUAGAUGUCCAAUUUUGCAAGGCAAUGGAAAAACGCUACAACAUUACAGAACCAUUGUUAAAGCGUUUGGAAACUGAUUGAUGUUGGCAUAGAAUACGAAAUCGAUUUAAGAUAGUAAAUAAUAAAGUUAAAUAUGCAAUGUCAUUGAUUAAAUUUAUUGUGGAGCUUU